AUAUAUAUAUAUAUAUAACACAUCACUCCCACCACUCUGCCACAAACAAUUCACACUAUUUCGAGCACUCAUAUUCGUAUAUAGAUCGAAGGAAAUAGAAAAGAAAAAGAGAAAAUUAAAUCGGGAGUUUUCUUAUAACUUUCUCGUUUGUAAGAAAAAGCAGAAAAUGGCUGAUCAUAGGAAAAUGGGCCAGCAUCCCAUAGCACCAGCAAACACGUACCCCAGAAGCGAUGAAGAAUCGAACACUGCGCAAUCAGACGAACAGCUCAAGAGAAAGAAAAGAAUCAGGUUGGCCAUGUAUAUUGCUGCUUUUGCUGUGUUUCAGACCAUAGUCAUCGUGAUCUUUUCUCUCACUGUUAUGAAAGUGAAGACCCCUAAGCUCAGGUUGAGCAGCACAGCCGAGUUCCUGAAAUUGAAUACGAGCAGUACUAGUACUGGGGGCGGCACUCAAGCAUCACCACCUUCCUUUGACAUAAGCUUCGUAACACAAGUUAGGGUAAAGAACACAAACUUCGGUCCCUACAAAUAUGACAGCACCAAUGCCACGUUCCUGUACCAGGGCGUGACUGUGGGGGAAUUCAUUAUUCCCAAGGGUAAGGCUGGGAUGCUUUCCACCAAAAAAGUUGAAGUUACCGUUAAUCUGAAUUCAAAGGCCAUAACAAGCACUACGAGUGCUCUUGGAAGUGAAUUGGAAGCAGGUGUGUUGAAGCUGGACAGCCAAGCCAAACUAAGUGGGAAAGUGGAGUUGAUGUUUGUGAUGAAGAAGAAGAAGUCCGCCCAAAUGAACUGCACAGUCAGUAUCCAUUUGUUAAAUAGGGCAUUCCAAGAUUUGAGUUGCAAGUGAGAAAUUUAAUUCUGCCUCCGUUUAUUUCUUUUAUUCCAUCCCGUCUUGUUGAGAUCAUUUAUAAUAUCUGAAAUGAAUUUGCUGCUUAAUUUUAUUUAAUUUGUAUUGUGGUCAAGAUGUAUAUAAAAUUAUAAAUAACUGGUCACA